CGGGACAAAUAAUACCGACGAAAUUAAACUGAGAACAGUUUGCUUAUAAGAGAAAACUGUUACCGGUUUACUGUUUCAGAGAGCUUUACCUGUCUCUCAAGGCAGCUUGCUAAACAGCUGGGAACACUUUGGUGCAAUGGAAAACAGCUGUUACUAAAAGUCAGAGAGACAUAAGAUAUGUAAAUUUACUGUUACACUGUGGGUGGCUAUGGUUGGUUUGGGUUUUAGGAUGCAAUAUAAAAUGUUCGCUGCAUUUUCGGAGUAUUUGAACGAAGUUACAAGGCGAAAUGUAAAGCAGUUUGCGACUGACAAGGUGUAAAAGGCGAAAACUGUUUCGUGCGUGCCGUUUGCGGCGAAAGGAUGUUGAUGUUCGAGCAAUAAAUGUUUCAACUGAAUGGACUCGAGUAAACGUGUCAGUGACUGCGCUGACGACACAGCAUUACGGACGCGUUGAUUAUUUAGUGCGGACGCGUGACAUGUUCGAUUGCAGGCAUUUCGUACGCAUGCUGGACGACGUGAACGCGUAAUUCAUACGCAGGAGUGUUGUAAAUAUAUAACAAGUUGUGUUGUUCAAGCCAUUAUUAUUAUCUACGGCAGUGUUUUAAAAGUGGUCGGGUGUGUUAAAAGAGUUAAUUGUGAAAUUUUGAAAAUAUAUUGUGAAAAUAUUUAUAUUAUUAUAAUAUUUAAUUGACUUUGGAACCAAGUGGAAAAUGGUGUGGUUCAUUGAAGAAUGUAAAUGAUUUAUAUAUAAAGUAAAUAAAACAAAAAAAUAUAUAAAUUUUUAAAUGAAAUCGAUAUCGAAUCGGUGUUGCUUAUAAGUCCUACAGGUGCACAAAUUAAUUAAUGUGUGAUAAUAAAAAAAAAGAAAAUAAUUAUUAAAUUCAAAACAAAAAAAAAAAAUAUUUUAAUUAAGUGAAAAUAGAUUUACCGAAAAAAAAUUAUAUAAUAAAUAUUUCAUGAAAUAAACCAAUAUUGUCAUAAACAUCCAUCAACAGCAGAAAAAAUAUUUAUACUCACUUAUAAAGCACCAAAAAGUCAAAUAAGCGCUUCAAAAAAUUCAGCAUACCUUUUAAUUAGUUAUUUUUUAAGUGAGUGUGUUGUUGUUGAAAAACUAACAGCGAAAUGUUUAUUCGAUUUGAAUUUUUUCUUAAACGAAUGUUCACUGCCAAUAAUAUAGCAAGCUAUAAAAGCAGUUGAAAUACUGUCAACAAUUAAAAAUUGUCAUCAUCAACAAGAACACUCGCUGCACAUGGCGCACACAGCUCAACAACAAACAGCGAAAUAAUUCCAAUCCUUUGAUUGUCCAAAGUGUCACAGCCAGCAGCAGUCGUCAUGUCAUUCGCAAAUGAAUUGACAACAAUAAUGUUAUUGUUGCUCACAUUUUUGUUGACACCAACGACAACGACAACCGCAUUGGAUGGCAAAAACAGCGAAGCAAAUGCAAUGCAGCAACAACAAGCAAUGCAGCGUCAUGCUUUAGCUACCCUCGUGCAACAACCUGCUAUAGUUUUAGCCACCGCCGGCACUGAAAGUUACCUGUCUCACCCUGCCCCUGCCAAUGUACCCAGUUAUUCUGCACUACACCGCAGCAAUCAGCAAUACAUACAACAACACUUGCAGCGUAGUCAUCAACAGCAGCAAUCAAGCAAUAUCAAUAUGCUGAAUUUUGGCGCUCCAUUCGUGGCGCCAGCAGCGUCGGGUGAGCAACAGCUGGAGCAGACCACUUACCCACCGCCAACAUUUGAUUUUGGCAUGCCACGAAAUAUAACAGCGCGUUCGGGUCAAACGGCGGCGAUAAAUUGUCGGGUCGAACAUUUGGGUGAUAAAUCGGUUUCAUGGAUCCGAAAACGUGAUUUGCAUAUCCUAACCGCAGGCAUUUUGACUUAUACGUCCGAUGAGCGAUUUCAGGUAGUGCGCACCGCUGAUUUCAAGGAUUGGACGCUGCAGGUGAAGUACGCGCAGCCACGUGACAGCGGCAUCUAUGAAUGUCAAGUGAAUACGGAACCGAAGAUCUCCAUGGCUUUCCGCCUGAAUGUCAUAGUGACACCGCCGGAUGCCAAAGCAAUGAUUGUCGGACCAUCUGAUCUCUAUGUGAAGGUGGGCAGCGCCAUUACGCUCACCUGUCAUGUGAAACAACCGUCGUCGGCAUCGGAUAUCGGUCCCAUCUAUUGGUACAGAGCCAACUACAUGCUGACACCCUUUGUGGCGCAUCCCAAUGAGGCAGCCAUCGAUAUGCGGCGCAUAUCAAUGGAAUCGAAUUUGGGCGAAAAACUGCAAAGCCGGUUACGCAUAGCGAAUGCACAAACCGCUGAUUCGGGUAAUUACACUUGUAUGCCGACCACAGCCGAGGCUGCCAGUGUCAUGGUGAAUGUUAUAAAUGCUGAAACACCAGCGGCUAUGCAAAAAAGUGCCGCCACACAGCUACAGGCACGCGGCUGUAUCCUUUUGCUCCUUGGGGCAUUCUCAGUUCGAUGGCUCUUGCAGUGUGUCACCUCAUCAGCACGACAACUUACGCUACACUAUACGAGUAUACUAGAAAAGAAAGACAACGUAUUUAAGAAAUUACCCGAGGCAACUUGCCGGACACAAUCCAAUGUGAAUAUUGAAUCUAAAACUAUUUUUUAUUGGGACAUUUAUUAUCAUUCCUCGACAUGAUAUUUUAGUGUUCAAAUUUAAAAUAAUAAACUAUUAAAUUUAAAAUAUAAGUCAUGCUAGAAAGAAAUAAAAAGGCUCGAAAACACAUAGCUGUAUUCCAAAUAUUUUUAAUAUUCGUAGAUAUAAUAUUUAUAUGUAUAGGAAAAUAAUGCCCACAUAUGAAUUUAAAUAGUCCAUUUCUUCAUAAAACAAAUAGGUAUUAAAAUCAAAGGUGUAUAUAAGUAAGUUAUAUUAUAUUAAUUUAUUUCAACAACAUUAAAUUUAUUAGAAAUAUUUUAAUUUGUUCAGCUUAAACGUUGUUUAAUAAUGCCAACCUUAGAAAACGUCCGGUAAGACUGUGUGAUUUGAGUGUAUAAAUGAAAUAUACUUAAAUGUUAUUUUUUUCAAAACUGAGUGAGAAUGAGAGGGUAUAGGUGAGUUGUUUUGUAGGCGCGUGCAAAAAUAUUGUGAAACUAGUCUUCUUCAAUUGGGAAGAAAAAGAGGUGAAUAAAUUUAGAAGUGCUUCCCUGGAUCAGAUGAAGAAAUCUGAAUGAAGUUGAUUGAAUUUGAUUUAAUAUAUUAUUUAUUAUAUUCGUUAGGAAAUUGUGGUUUAUUAAUCAACACUUUUAAGCUUGGUGAAGUAGCCGAGUAUGUAUUGCCUUUAGGGAGGGUAUAUUUUUUACCAAGAACUUUGAAGAAAUUCCCUUUUUAUUCACGAGUUGAGUUAGCUUCAUUAUAAAGUCGACUUAUAUUUAGUGCACAUCACCAGUCCUUUUGAUGGUGUCAACAUGAGCGAAUAAUUGCACUUAUUAUUCUUCGGCUCAUUUUACAACGGUAUACUCAAUAUCUUACUGAAAAUUACAAUGUUUUUAUCGGAUAAAGAUGAUUCGAUAUCAAUGGUUGCAUAACUUCGGACGCCAAAUCUUAGAUACUGGCGAAUAAAACUCACAGCUGAUAUUAAUACGAGUAUCACAUACUGAAAUAACCUAAAGAUAUUGUGAACUUGCCUUCAACUCAUGUUUUGCUUCCUGUCUACUUUGACUCGUGGAGAUACUCUCCAAAUGAAAAUUACGGAGAUUCUACAUAAACAAUUUUGAAACCAUAGCAAUGAGAUAUGUGAUGAUUAUAUUUCAUUUUAAUCGAGUUGAAGCAUUAUGUUGCAGUUAGGUUAAGAUAAAUCAUAACUAUUAGUAGAUAAUAGUAAAAUUAUAGACCGAAAAUAAUAUUUGUAAUAAAUUAAUAAUAAUAAUAAUAUUAGAAUGAUUUGAAUAAAAUUUUCAGCAUAAAUUGAAGAAAUGUAGUACAAUGAAUGGUCAUAGAGGUAGUAAUUUUGUUUAACACAAUAACAUAGCGUAUUAGAUAUAACGUACAAAAGGCUUUUUUAAACUAUAUUUGUAAAAGAUAAUAUAUUAUACAUAUUAGUUGAAAACAAGUUUUACAAAAUCAAAUAAUAAAAGAAAGUACA